AAUUAAGCACCUAAUUGCUCCGAGGAUUUGCCAGGAUGUUGCAAACUGCACAUCACUAAUCUUUGAUGAUGGCAACAACAAAAUGUGACAGCCACAACAAUGGCAGCGCCUCUGGUAGGGCUUGACACCGCUGCCUCUCCCGCUCCAUUCAUGCGCGCCAGACACGUGGGAUCAGUCAGUCUUGAGGAGUCGUCAGAUGUGGACGUGCUGCCUGCGCGCUUUCAUCGCAGUGACUGGCCCGAAUUUCGCAAGCUCUGAUCGGCGCUCCGCUGAGGAGAAAAAAAAGAGACGAAACAAAAAUACAACAAUACUGGAAUACCCCCGUGUGAGGCAAUGCAUUUUGUCAAGGUGGCACUGCUGAUGGCACUGCUGGUUGUCGUGACGGACGCCUCUCUGCUGCGGUGGCUCCCCGCUCGGCCGCCGUCCGUCGGGAUCCAGCGCGCCUGGCCGUUCCGAAGACCUCAACAGCGUCGCCAGAGUCUGGUCAGCAAUUGGCGUCCUCAGCGUACAGCACAGAGCACGACUGGAGAUAUUCCGCACGAUCGAAAGUUCUUCCGGUACCUGUGCAGGACAACAGACGUUUGUCCCUACUCCUGGCAGUGGGUCGAAGGCAACAUGCUUCGCGCCAUUGUGAGACUGUCCCUCCAAAAAUGAGACGGGACAAGUGCUGAAUAAAUGUAGAAAAAUGCGUGAAAGAGAAGGAGUAAUACCACAAUGAAAGAUGCGCAAUUAACGUUGUAAUAUUUUAUAUUCAGGAAAAUGUUACGGAAUGUGAUACAUUAUGUUAAAAAAUACUAUCACUGAUUACAUGUUAUUUACAGCAUAAAUAUGUUACUGUUGCCAAAGAUAUUUGCUUGUUUGUUCUCAGUGUCUCACUUGUUAUGAAAAAAAAUAUAUAAAGAACAAAA